CUUUGUAAAAUUAAAUAGUUUUCCAAAUUCAAAAUUCAAGGCAUUUGUUUUGAUUUAAUCCAUCCUAUGUCGGACUCUGUGAAUCACUUGGUGCACCAAAUCCUGGCCCCCUUUGCCAUUGAAGCCCUCGAUCGCAUAGUGCCAGCUGUCCGCCGCUUGUUGAUCAUCCUGCAUGAAUCCUUUCUGGUGGAUCACCAGGAGCCGGAGCCCGUGAUCGAUGUGUCCGGCAUGAUUCAGCCAGUCCGUAAAAUAGUCCUGAUCGUUAACGACCCAGCGCCGGAGAUUCAUGCGGAUGAGCAGACAGUGAUCAGUUCGGAUGAGCUCAGCGGCCUGAUGAGUGAACUUUCGCGGAGCAUUCGGAGCUUAGCCCGUUCGACCUACGAUACCAUCUCGGCACUGGCCGACUAGGUGGAGAGUAGUCUCUGAAAAAGAAGUCAGCCUGCACGAUUGAAAAAUCCGACAUCGAUCCUCCUGAUCCUCCAGAGCAUCCUGCACCGCCGCCUGCUCCUUUUUCAUUCCGAGCC